AUGCUUCUUCCCAAAGGUGGCCUAAACUGGAAGGCUGCGCAGUCCAGGCUUCCCCCUUCGCGCGCCGUUUGGAACCUCGUCGCGCGCAAACGAGUCGUCGUUCUCGCUGCUAUUGUCACAGCCAUCGUCCUGUUAUGGCGUGGCGUUUCCAAUUCCGCAUCCGAGAUGCAAAGCUUCUACUGUUGGGGCCCGUCCAAGUCGCCCAUGGACAUGACGGCAAACGACUACGCCAGAUGGAACGCCCACCUGCAAACACCUGUUCUCUAUAAUCCCCACGCAGCGAUCGAGGUCAAUUCCAGCACCAUUCACCACGUCAAUCUAAACCCUAUCGUCUCCACCACCAAGGCCGUCACCAACGAAGAGCGAGUUCUCAUCCUGACUCCCCUCAAGGAUGCCGCCAAAUUCCUGCCCAAGUACUUUGAUCUGCUUGCCAGACUGACGUAUCCACACCACUUGAUCGACCUCGCCUUCCUCAUCUCAGACUCGGAAGAUGACACCCACGCCGCCCUGGCUGCUGAGCUCGACCGUAUCCAGAGCCGCCCCGACAAGGUACCAUUCCGAAGUGCCACCGUUGUUGAAAAGGACUUUGGCUACAAGCUGAGCCAGGAUAUCGAGGAGCGCCACGCGUAUGCGGCUCAAGCUCCUCGCCGCAAGGCCAUGGCCAAAGCUCGCAACUACCUCCUCUACUCUGCGCUUAAACCCGAGCACUCUUGGGUGUACUGGCGUGACUCCGACAUUGAAGAAAGUCCCGACACCUUGAUUGAGGACUUUAUUGCCCAUGACAAGGAUGUCAUUGUCCCUAACAUUUGGUUCCACCGGUAUGAGAAGAAUGGGCACGACAUUGAGGGACGAUUCGAUUACAACUCGUGGGUUGAGUCGAACCAGGCCCUCGCUCUCGCCAAGAAGCUAGACAAGGACACCGUCAUUGUUGAAGGAUACAAGCAGUUCAGGACUGGCCGAUCGUACAUGUGCCUGAUGGGUGACCGCAACCAAAACAAGGACGAAGAGCUCGAACUUGAUGGUAUCGGCGGUGUUAGCAUUCUUGUCAAGGCUGAUGUCCACAGAUCGGGGGUCAACUUCCCUCCUUAUGCCUUUGAGAACCAAGCCGAGACGGAAGGCUUUGCCAAGAUGGCCAAGCGCGCGGGUUAUUCCGUUGUCGGCCUGCCCAACUAUGUUGUCUGGCACAAGGAUACCGACGAAAAGUUCGCCAAGGACAAAUAA